AGGAGGAGGAGGAGGAAAAAGAAGGGCGCGGACAAAAUGGCGGCCGCGGCGCAUGCGCAGUGCGGCGGGCUCUAACUGCGUCACAACCUUCCCCCUUUUUAAAAACGUUUUCCGCUGCGGGGGAUCCCUCGGUGGUCGCCGGCGGGGCCCUCCGGUUUGGUUGGUCUUGAGAGACGGCGUCGCAUUUGCCACGAGAAAAGCCAGGGGACAAAUUCCCCCCUCCCCCUCGGUCGGUGCCUUGGAAGACCCCAAAAAAAAAAAAAAAAAGCAGCCACCAUAUUUUCGACCGUCCUUGGGAAGCCGUUUCAAACUCCUUUGUGACCUGAAGGAAACUGCCACUUAAACAUACCCCAAAAAACAAGCAAACAAAAAUCCUACCUAGCAUCAACCUGCCCUGAUCUUUUUUUUUUGAAAAAAAAAGAGCAACUUUUUUUUCGUUUCUUUAUAUUUCGACAAACCACCAGAAAGACCAAAAAAAAGAGAAAAACCUGAAAAAAGUUGCUGUAUUUUUUUAAAGCCAUGACCAAAAACAAAUCAAUUAUUUUUUUUCUUUGAUACACCACUUAUGCCAAAAUCCAAACCUUGAAGCGCUGUCGACGAGAAAAAUAAUUGGAUAGUAAGUGUUGACUUUUCAACCAACUGACAAAAAAAAAAAAACAGAAAAAAGCCCUGCUUUGUGCCAAAGAGAACUAAUGAGAGGAAGAGACCAAAACUGUGUGAUUGAGAAGGAAGUAGGCUUUGUUGCAGGUGGUUAACCCUUAAAAGCGGGGGCAUUUUGCAAAAAAAAAAAACAAAACCCAAAACCCAGAGAAAAUGGCGUAGUUCGAAGGAGCACGACGGGCUCUUAGCUAAAUCCAUCGUCUCCGGGUGUGCGAUGGGUUAAUGAGCUCCCAUGCAAAAGAUGGCGGUGACUGAGCCAUAAAGUAUCGCUUUUUUUUUUGCGUGGGAGACGAAACGUAAAGUCAAAACGCGCAAUCUGUACAUAAAGAUUGCAGGAUGGGGAAAACGCUACUGCUGGACUCGGCCGUGCCCCCCAAACCCCCCUUUUCCUCCCCAAAACAGCAGCGGAGGAGAGGGGGAGGAAAAGGGGGGGGGGCGUGCAUGGCUCCCCCCCCACCCUUCCUCCACGCGCGUCCGCGCUCAGAGCGCUUACGGGGCAGGGGAAGAGGUCGAGUGUCGCCUCGAAUUAAUUUGCCGCCUUCCGCAGCGCGUAGUCGCCGUGCGGCGCGCUAGGAAACCAAGCGAUCGGUAGGAAAAAAACAGGGAAUUGCUCCGCCAAAGGGAGGGCAGCAGCCCCAGCCCGCCGGGCGUUUCCUGCCAUGGGCUCGGGCCCCAUCGACCCCAAGGAGCUCCUCAAGGGCUUGGACUGCUUCCUGGGCCGCGAUGGCGAAGUCAAGAACACCGAGGGCAUCACCAAGAUCUUCAACCUGAUGAAGGACUCGCAGAAGAUGGUGAGUCGCUGCAUCUACCUGAACAUCCUGCUGCAAACCCGGGCGCAGGACGUCCUGGCCAAGUUCAUCCGCGUCGGGGGCUACAAGCUGCUGAACACGUGGCUCACGAGCUCCAAGGCCGCCAACAACGUGCCCUUCCUGCAGCAGAUCCUGCUCACCCUGCAGCACCUGCCCCUCACCGUGGACCACCUCAAGCAGAACAACACCGCCAAGCUGGUGAAGCAGCUGAGCAAAUCGAGCGACGACGAAGAGCUCCGGCGCCUCGCCUCCAUCCUCGUGAGCGACUGGAUGGGCGUGAUCCGCUCGCAGAGCAGCGCCCAGCCCGCAGAGCGAGAUAAAAAGAAGCGGAAAGAAGAAAACAAAAGCAAAACUCCCGUCCAGGAGAAACCCCAGGAGGCGAAAGCGGAAGCGAAAGCCGAGGAGACGCCGGAGAAGAAGCGGGAGAAGCCCAAAUCCCUGCGCACCACGGCUCCCAGCCAUGCCAAGUUUCGCUCCACCGGCCUGGAGAUGGAGACGCCCUCCCUGGCUCCCGUCAAGAAAAUCAACUCUGCUUCGACCACCGACAAAUACAGCCUGAAGCCGAUGCCCAUCAAGAGGCAAAACGCUUCGGCCCUUUCCGGCGACAACCCGCCGGCGGAGAAGAAAUACAAACCCCUCAACACCACUCCCAACGCCACCAAGGAGAUCAAAGUGAAGAUCAUCCCCCCGCAGCCGAUGGAGGGUCUGGGCUUCCUCGACGCCCUCAACUCCGCUCCCAUCCCCGGCAUCAAGAUCAAGAAGAAGAAGAAAGUUUUGUCUCCCACGGCAGCUAAGCCCAGCCCCUUCGAGGGGAAACCGGCGCCCGAAGCCAGCGCGGCCAAACCCUCCUCGCCGGAGCCGGCCGCCGCCUCGGAGCCCAUGGAGACGGACCGGCCCGGCACGCCGGUGCCGGCCGUGGAGGUGCCGGAGCCCAUGGAGACGGCCUCGGCGGAGCCGGGCGCCGACGCCAAGGCGGCCGAGAGCCCCGCCGACGGGGCGCAGCUCACCAAGAAGGGCCGCAAGAGGAAGACGGUGAGCUGGCCCGAGGAGAACAGGCUGCGCGAGUACUUCUACUUCGAGCUGGACGAGACGGAGCGAGUCAACGUCAACAAGAUCAAAGACUUCAGCGAAGCGGCCAAGCGGGAGAUGCUGAAGGACCGGGAGGCUUUCGAGGAGGCCCGGCGCCUCAGCCACGACGCCAUGGAGGAGAAGGUGCCCUGGGUCUACCCCAAGCUCCUCGACCUGCCCAGUCCCCUCGUGGUGCCGGGCAGCGGCAGCCGCGAGAAGUUCACGCAGGCCGAGCGCGAGAAGGGCAUCCUGCAGGAGCUCUUCCUCUCCAAGGAGAGCGUCCCGGACAGCCCCCACGAGCCCGACCCGGAGUCGUACGAGCCGCUGCCGCCCAAGCUGAUCCCGCUGGACGAGGACUGCUCCGCCGACGAGGCCGCCUACCCCGACGGACCCGAGCCCGGCGCCGCCUCGCCCUCGCCGGACGCCGGCGCCAAGCUGCCCCCGGUGCUGGCCAACCUCAUGGGGAGCGUGGGGGCGGGCAAGAGCCCGCAGGGCCCGGCGCCUGCCGCCGCCCUCAACGUGCAGGAGAUCCUCACCUCCAUCAUGGGAGGCCCCAACAACCACAAGGCCGAGGAGCUGCUCAAGCAGCCCGACUACUCAGACAAGAUCAAGCACCUGCUGGGCAACCUGCAGGCCCAGCCGCCGGGGCCCUCCGGAGUGCCCCACGGACUGCUGGGCCCCGGCCCCAUGGCCAACGGCUUCCCGCCCGGCCCCAAGGGCAUGCAGCACUUCCCGCCCGGGGGCCCGGGCCCCAUGCCGGGACCCCACGGAGGAGGAGGAGGAGGCGGCGGAGGGCCGGGCCUUCCUCCCGGGCCGGGCAUGCCGGGCGGCCCGAGGCUUUUGGGGCCGCCCCCGCCCCAACGCGGAGAGUUUUGGGAGCCGCCCGACGGCGGCAUGCGGGGCAGCCCCCACGGCGGCGGCGGCGGCGGCGGCGGGGGCAUGCGCGGGGGGCCCGGCGCGCCCUUCCACCGCGCCCGGGGCCGCGGCGGCGGCGGCGGCGAACCCCCUUACCGGGGCCGCGGCGGGGGGCGCAACGGGGGCCCCCCCGGCGGCGGAGGCGGCGGCGGCGGCGGCGGCAACCGGGGCGGGGCCCCUUCCGGCGGCCACGGCGGCGGCGGCGGCGGCGGGGGCCACGGCGGCGAGCACGGCAGAGGCCACCCCGGCGAGCACCCCCGGGGCCACGGCGGAGGCCACGGAGGAGACAUGUCGAACCGCCCCGUGUGCCGCCACUUCAUGCUGAAAGGCAGCUGCAGGUACGAGAACAACUGUGCCUUCUACCACCCCGGCGUCAACGGGCCGCCGCUGCCGUAGCGCCCGCCGCCGCCGCCGCCCCCGCCCUUCCUCCCCGCCGCCGCCGCCGCCUCCUCCUCCUCCUCCUCCUCCUCCCGGAGCCCCCGCUCCCGCCGCCACCGCCGCUGCCGCCACUUAUGGCUUCUGUGAGGCCUCGGCGCUGCCAUUGGCCCCCGCCCUCCCCUCCUCCCCCUGUCCAAACACACCCCGAAAAACACUCGGAACGGGCGCUGAACCCCCCCACCCCCUUAAAAAAAAAAAAAAAAAAAAAGAGCCGGGGCGCGGCUCGUUAGCGUUAACGACGGGUUCAUCGGCGAGGCGGGGGCGGCCGCAGGAGCUUCGUUCCCCUCCUCCCCCCGCCCCCGCUCCCCGCCCCGCGCGCGGGUGUCGUUGCCACGGCGGCGGCGGGUGUAGCGCACGCACAGGCGCGGUGGUGGGGUGUUGUUGUU